UAUUGCUUUUGUCAACAUGAAUUCUGUACUAGACACAUCACAACUGCCACAUUAAAAACGAACGUUAUCAAACUGCAAUUUCUUGCGGUUUGAAUUAACGAUGGACAGGAUAAAGUUGAAGCUAUCGCUUUGUAACAGCGAAAAUGUUGGUAGUCAGUAGCCAAAACGAAAUGUUUAACUGACCCGCAAUCUCUCUGCAAGACUCGAUGACAACGACCUAUUUAACUUGCAGCAUGGUAUUUAUGCGACAUACUAGCGCCCGGUACAAAAUGACCUUUCAUGAAUGGAGCCUGGGCUCACGGAUAUAACUGCGAUCAAAAUGAAUACCGGCAUCAUUUAUUCCAAAAUUCUCGUUCUUUACAGCACCAAACACUUUCGAAAUUUUUCAAGCAAUUCGAUCAGCGGAUUUGGAUUGUCAGUCCACGCUUCAAGCAGCUUAUCCUUUACAACAGUGGCUGAUAGACUGAGAUUC